AAAUCAAGUAGGGCUGGUGAAAUUUUUAGAACAAGAAGAGAAGUUGUGUCUUUUAAUUAAAUCUCGAGAUGGCUCAAGGUUUUUAUUUUAUUUUAUUUUAUUUUUAUAAGUAUUAGAAAGUAAAUAUUCGGUAAUAGUUUGCAGCUAUAAACUGUUCUAUGAAAAAGAAAAAAAAAAAAAAAAAAGGGAAUAGUAAAUAAAGACAGGUAGUGAGUUGAUUUGCAGCUCUACGAAGUAACGAAGCACGGACUGUGUUGGUGUUCGACUGCAAUUUGCAGCAAUUCAAACCACUCCAUCCCUGAUCCCACUUUCAAUCAAUCUCCAACGACCCACAAUUCUCUCUUUGAUUUGUAGCUUUACGAAGAAGGGCCAUUAACGGAAGUGAGUUGCGUUUUGGCUGCUACAAAUUUGGGCAAAAGGUUGAAGUUGGUGAGCUAUUUGCUCUGCUGCAGCACCCAGAUUAGACCCAAUUGAAGAAAUGAAGCCUGCUUCUCUUUCUCUCUCUCAAUGGAUGAUGAUAUCUCUGGUUCAUUACGUCGUAUGUCAAGCCGAACUCGGAAGGUUGCUCCAAAAAUGGCUGCUGCUCUUGCAAGCAGUGACAAUCGAACACAGGUAGCUCUUGCUCGCCUUGAAGCUUUGGAAAAUGACAAUGGGGCAAUGGAACUGAUAGAGGUGAAUGAUGACGACGAUGCUUCUUUAGAUGAUGAUGAUCAAGUGUACAUGCAAAAGAGGCAGUCCAAGGGCACAAAACGUAAAACACGGCAGGCAAAAGCACUCGAAAAUGCUAAGAAGGCACCAAGAACAUUUCUUGAGCUCUUGCAUGAGGCUAAUCUAGAAUCCUUGCCUCCUCAUGUUCCCUCCUAUUUGAGAGCAGCAGUUGGACCUCCAAGCUCUACCUCCCGGCGCCAAUUUUGCACUGUUUGUGGAUUCACUGCCAACUAUACAUGUGUGAGGUGUGGGGUGCGCUUCUGUUCACGUCGUUGCCGGAAUAUCCAUAACGAUACUCGUUGUUUGAAAUUUGUUGCCUGAUUGGUGAGAAAAUUCAACCAGCUGAAAUUUGUUCUUUCAGCAAGUCAAAGUUAAAAGUAGUAGUAUUUUGCUUGGGCUGUUACCUAAAUUGUGUAUGAAGAUCAUUGCUUAUGAUAUUUGCAGCUUCUUUGGGGAAGCAGGGUUUCCUUCCCUUUCGCUUAA